UUAUUACUACUCUGAGAGUACGGGAUGAACAUUUCACAAGAAUCGAUCAUUCGUUCUUAUCACAGAGCUUUCUUGGGCAACUUCAGUCAGAAAUGAAUACGAAAUACGUUCUCUCAUGUGAGGUUAAAAUCGUUGAAAAAAAAAAUCCUCCAGCUGGGCAAUGAGGCGUCGUAGCGUGCAUUCACGCAACUAAGAGAUAUGACGUAAGCAACAUCAACAGUCGCGCCACCUUGGAGACUUGUGAAUAAAAUAGAGACAAUUUGUGUUUGGUGAAUCUUCGAAGCUGAGAGACUAGGAAGAGAUAUUUAAGAUUUCAUUUAUUUUUAAAUCAACAGAACUUAUAGUGUCUGUCAACAUGCUGCAACGUAUCUCAAACGGUUGUAACAAUUAUCGAGUGAUCUGUAUAACGUGUUCUCUGCUGAAGACGAAACAAGUGAGUGGUAGAUAUCUCUUAUCUCUGCGCUGGAGCUGCUUUUAUUGUUAACUGAAAUAUUCACUCCAGUUCUUCAGGCCUGUAGAUAAACCGUGGCAGAGUAAAGUAUUGUUUAACCGAGAAUUACAGGGUUAGGUUUAAACCUCAAAACUCCGGUACCUUAUCGGAAUGCUACGAUGGCAUAAGAUAAGACUGAGAUAAACAGAAGGUGAAUUUGGGCAUGUUCCAAAAAGAAAAACACCCAUCUUCUAUUAAUAGAUACAGUGUUUGUGCUUUUACUAAGGUAAUAUGUUAUGAUCGUCUUUGUGUAACGUUCAUCUUUUUUUUUCUCUAGACGGUUCUAACAGAAUCAAACAUGGGUUAUAACAGAUCACUUUUUGCAGUUUUGGCAAUGUUUCAGAGAUUGAGUAAAACAAUUACGUCCAACAACUAAUGUCAGUUUAAGUGGUGAGUUAUCUAUGGAUACUAAUUUUCGUGAAUAUGGCCCUGGUGCUAGCCACUUGGUCAUCGACGGAGAAUAUCAACAGCACGGAAGCUUCACCGUUGAAUGUGACGGAAUCUCUGUUGGCUUCGAAUCUGUUAACCUCCACAGCUAUAGAGGAUUUCAUUGCGUCAGUUCUUGGCCCAAAGCGACUCACUCUUCGCUGGUUAAUCCCUUUAACAACAAUAUAUGCUGUGAUCUUUCUGACCGGGAUAGUGGGGAAUACCUGCACAUGUCUCGUCAUAGCCCGCAACCAAUACAUGCAGACUGCUACCAACUGCUACCUCUUCAACCUUGCAAUAGCAGAUAUGUUGACUUUACUAUGUGCCAUGCCACUAGAACUCUACACGAUGUGGCAGCAGUAUCCUUGGGAAUUAGGAAGUUUGAUUUGUGAGCUUCGUGCUAUCAUUCCUGAAACUACCGCCUACGCGUCCAUUCUGACAAUAGUAACGUUUAGUACUGAACGUUACAUAGCUAUAUGUCAUCCUAUACGUCAUCAGACCAAAUCGAAGCUCUCCCGUGCAAUGCGAAAUAUUGUUAUAAUAUGGAUUUUAUCAUUUGUUGGAGCAACACCCUAUGGAAUCUUUACCCGCGUGAAUUACUUAACGGAUGAUAAAGGCAUCACACUCGUAUCUUCAGCUUGGUGUGGCUUUCCUUUCAACAAACCAGACAGAAGCUGGGAGACUUUGAUGUUGUGUUCCACGUUUCUUUUUUUUGUUGUUCCAAUGACGGUUAUAAUAGGUUUAUAUGUAAGAAUAGCCAUGGCGUUACACCAAUCCAAAAAUCUCCGUAGAUGUACUUCAGAAGGAAGCGCUGCCUAUCGAGGAGACAGAGAACGAUCAAAGAUACAAUCACGAAGGAUUGUGGUCCGCAUGUUAAUUGCCGUUGUUAUUGCUUUCUUCGUAUGUUGGGCUCCAUUCCAUUCACAACGACUGCUUUUUCUCUAUGUCACUCUAUAUUCAAGAUGGACGACCCAGUUACGGACAGUGAACCACUACUUGUUCUCUCUCGCAGGUUGUUUUUACUAUUUCAACUCAACCAUCAACCCGAUCCUAUACAGCGUUAUGUCCAAUCGUUUUCGGGUGGCUUUCAGGGAGAAGUUGUGUACAGGACGUCCCAGUAUCUACUGCUUUUGUUCUUCUUGUUGCUUUGGGCAGGGUGAUGAGGAUAAACGCUCACAACGAGCUAUUAGCUACAAAAACUCUAGUUCACAGGGAUCUAUCCGUUUGUAUCGGAACCAUUCGUCAAAUAGUCUCCGACUAAGUCGUAAUACUUCGUGGCCUCGACUUCGAAAUCUGGGAAUGAACAACAGUUCUGAUGUUCUUCCUCUUCCAGGGUCAGUAAAGUGGAUUAAGAAUCCUAAUUAUGAACAUGUUCGUGUGAAAGGAGGAGGGACACGACAGAAAGAGGAUGAAAACACUCUAGUCAUCCCUGUUCUUCAUACCCCUAGAACAGCUAGUGAGCCCAACUUCCAAACCAGGAUUCGGUUCGAACAGGAUAAAGAUGAUAAUGUCAACAAAGAUGACAUACAGAAAGAUGAGCUUGCAGAAGAGUUGGACAACGCCAUCCGACCUCAACUAUCAAAGCUUUCGGUUACUGAUCCAGGAUGCGUGGACUGUACAAACUGUAACAUUCUUUUCGCACCAAAGACAGCAAAACUCGACCAUUCCUAUAGUGUGAUUGAAAAAUCAUCUACAUCAGACAACAAUCAAACAGAAGAAACGACACGAAUAACAGUGAUGGCUGAAGAAUCUGUGCUUUAACCAACAAAGCUAUUUAAUGUUAAAUAUACAGAGAUGCAGUCAUUGUGGAAUAUUGUAAGUUUAACAACGAGUUUAGUGGUGACUUAUUAAACACAAUAAAAAUUAAAUCACAUUUCUAAUAAUAACGUUUAUGUAAUAUUUUCAACACGCGAAUAGCGUGUUUUAUUAAGAUAUUUGGAGUAUUUAUUUGUUGUUGGUAUUACAUUAUUGAAUAGGCUAUUAGCUUAGAGACAUUUCAAUUAUUCCCGAAAUAAGUAAAUUGUUAUCAAAAUGUUUUUUUCUGUCCUUAUGGACAUUUCAUUAUGUUUUAAGAAACGUACUUAACAAAUAUAAGACUAUUUUUGAGGAAAUUAAACUGAAUUUCUUGUAAAUAGCGAGCACUACUUUUCUCCUUCCUAUAUAUUCUUAACUUAAGAAAAGUUUCCUUUUUAUGAAAGUAUAAAACACUGCAUUUUUGAGAUACUAGAAAUUCGACUUUUUUUCGUAUAUUAUAUGAAGUUAACGUAAGAAUACAAUUACGUUUGGUAACCUCUUUUCCAUCGUCUUCUUACUAUCUCACUUGUACAUAGAAUAUAUAUAUAUAUAAAACCGGUAAUGUUUUUUCCCCUUUUGUUUUGAUACAAAGCACUCUUUGCCCUUUUCCUACGAAAUAUUGUACAUUAUUAACCUUAUUCAGAACAAAAGCCUUUGCCUUAUAUUUCUGGAAUUCCUAUAAAUGUAUUUAUUUUUGUUUGUUUUCAUGAACGGGUAUGUAAAAUGUUUGUAUUACGUAUUAAUCAAUUAAAGUUUUGCUGAUGUUCGAAAAUUAAAAAGAAACACUUGUUUUAUUCAAAUGUAUUAACCUGAAUGUAUGACUUCAUCCGUCAACAAAGCAUUAUUUUGGAAUAAUUCA